GCAGGUGAGGAGACGCGCCGCCGCUGUCAUCACGGGCAGACCCUCCGAAGCGCCACCCUCCUGCAGCACUCCUUCCGAAGGACGGCCACAACCAUGAAGCUCCCUAGCAGCCCCGGGAUGCUUAACGACACUCUAGGCAGCCCCGGACCAGCCCCAUACUGGGCUGCCGACGGUCUGGUCGCGGAGAGGCGCUAUGAGAUCAAGAUGCUUGGGUAUAACACGCCGCCUGAAUAUCUUGAGUACGUUGAUCCCUUCUGGAGGAGUUUCGAAGCCCCCAACCCCUUCCUCAACUACACGCUGGGAUUCUUCUACAUCAUCUUCACCUUCUGUUCUGUCAUCGGUAAUGGCGUGGUCAUCUGGGUAUUCGCCACAUCCAAGAGCUUGCGGACGCCCUCCAACAUGUUCGUCAUCAACCUCGCCCUCAUGGACUUUAUCAUGAUGCUCAAGACUCCGGUGUUCAUCCUCAACUCGUUCAAUGACGGGCCGGUGUGGGGCAAGUUGGGCUGCGACAUCUACGGCCUGAUGGGUGCCUUCUCCGGAGUGGGCGCCGCCUCCUCCAACGCCGUCAUCGCCUACGACAGAUAUAAGACGAUAGCCAAGCCCUUCGAAGCCAAGUUCUCCCGCGGCGUCGCCAUGACCAUUGUGAUAAUGACGUGGGCGUACGCACUGCCCUGGACAAUCCUGCCUUACCUCGAGGUGUGGGGAAGGUUCGUGCCAGAGGGAUUUCUGACCAGCUGCACCUUUGACUACCUUACCGAGAACAGCAGCACCAAAGGUUUCGUGGCGUCAAUCUUCUUCUUCGCCUACUGUGUGCCUGCCAGCGUCAUCUUCAUGUCUUACAGUCAGAUUUUCAGCCACGUCAGCGCCCACGAGAAGGCAAUGAGGCCCAGGUGCGCCAAGAAGAUGAACGUGACCAACUUGAGAACGGUGGGAUCGAAGGAUGAACAGGAGAAAUCAGCUGAAAUUCGUAUAGCCAAAGUAGCCAUCACCAUUUUCUUCCUCUUCUCCAUCUCGUGGCUACCUUAUGUGACAGUGGCGCUCAUUGCCUGCUUCGGAAAUAGGUCGCUCAUCACUCCCCUUGUAGCCAUGAUCCCAGCCUGCACCUGCAAGACCGUGGCCUGCAUCGAUCCCUGGGUGUACGCCAUCAAUCACCCCAAGUACAGGUUGGAGCUCCAGAAACGUAUGCCUUGGUUCUGCAUCCACGAGGAGAAGCCCCAGGAUAACGCCACGCAAGCCUCAGAGGGCGGCAAGGAGUAGUAACAUGUCCCUCUGCGCCUCGCCUUCAGACCCGCUAUGCCCCGAGACUCUCAACACCCAAGGCAAGGUUUGCUGAGACUUAGGGCCGCAGCACACCUCCCCAAUGCCGCCUUCGUCUCGCUACAACCUAGGCAACUAACUAAUCCAGCUCUCUCUCUCUCUCUCUCUCUCUCUCUCUCUCUGAAUUACUACUGCUACUGUUACUUCUGCAACUGCUACUACCACUACUACUAUUAGGGAAUUUUUUACAUGGCGGUUACUGUUUUCGUUUUUCCUCCGUUACUUAUCAAAAUCAGAAAGCCUUGUUAUGAUUCCACCUGUCUUGUUUUCCUCCUCCGCCUACCCCGACAUUUGCAAGCAGGCCAGGGACCGCGGACACCACUCUCGGUGCAUGCUGGUGAGAGACGGAGCGAUAGUUGCAGUUCAAGGUUCUUUUCAGUUAUUCCGCCAACAUGAAGACUCUCUUUGUUGCAGCGUACUUAUGCAUGUCUUGUGAAGAAUUCGUGCUUUUCGUUUACCAUUUUCACGUUCCAGCUGAGACCGUGCGAUACUCGGCUCUUUGAAGCUGAGGGAGAGUUGGCGGCACGUAUGUAUGUACACCUACGGUAGAGGGGAGCUGACUGCCAUGUAUUUUAGCAAGUAUAGGGAGUUCUCCUGAGUUUGUAUGAGUCACAACACUUAGUCACGGGAAAGGAGAGAGGCGAUCUGUCUCGUGUAAUGCUAAGGUAUAAUCUCUAUCUUACGUAGCGUCAAAUUUGGACUGUUUUCAGCUUAAGGUUAGAUUGUGUUACAUUUCACCUUACAGUCUAGCAUACCUGAUAGCACAACUCGUGUAAUAUAAACCUUAGUACAUAUUUCAAACUUAAUCUUGUCUCUAGCCACAUAGCGAGUGUACAUACCGGUAUAUCAGUGGCCAUUGUGCGUGCAGCUAGAGCGUGGCUAGGCAGCGGCGGAGGCAGGGGAGGAGGAGGGGCCCAAGGAAAACUGUAACUCCGAGUACCUCCUUGUGCGAUGACAUUCCCAAGAUUCGAUUGGUCAGGAACGCAAUCCGGUGCGCCCCUGGAUGCUGUUCAUCGAGUGUACCUGUAACAUUAGUAAUAAACGUCCCAGCAACACCCA